AUUGCUGUAAGAGCGAGUCACGUGGCGGGACUUCCUGUAAGCUGCUGCUGCCGGGUGUCCAUGGCCUGCACCCCCAAGCUGCCACUGCAGCAGUCAGAGAGGUAGCGGGAGGUCCGGUCCAUGCCGUGACCCCUGGACAGUGCUGGUGAGACUGAGCAAGUGGCCUCCACAUCUUGACGCCUGGGAGAGCAGGGACAGAAUCUCCCUGGGGUGGAGGACCAUGCUGCGCCGCAAGCCCUCCAAUGCCAGCGAGAAGGAGCCCACUCAAAAGAAAAAGCUUUCCCUUCAGCGCUCCAGCAGCUUCAAGGAUUUUGCCAAAUCCAAACCCAGCUCUCCAGUGGUGAGCGAGAAGGAAUUUAAUCUGGAUGAUAACAUUCCAGAAGAUGACUCAGGCACCCCCACUCCAGAGGAUACUGGGAAAAGUGGCAAGAAGCUGGGGAAGAAGUGGAGGGCAGUGAUUUCCCGAACUAUGAACAGGAAGAUGGGCAAGAUGAUGGUGAAGGCCCUGUCAGAGGAGAUGGGAGACACUCUGGAGGAGGGCUCAGCCUCCCCAACAUCUCCAGACUGCAGUCUGGACAGCCCUGGCCCUGAGAAGAUGGCGCUGGCCUUUUCGGAGCAAGAGGAGCAUGAACUUCCUGUACUUAGUCGCCAGGCAUCGACAGGCAGUGAGCUCUGCAGCUUUGGGGAGGAACCCCAGUACACAGGGCCUUUCUGUGGCCGGGCACGAGUCCACACCGACUUCACUCCCAGCCCCUAUGACCAUGACUCGCUGAAACUGCAGAAAGGAGAUGUGAUCCAGAUCAUUGAAAAGCCACCUGUGGGUACAUGGCUGGGCCUGCUCAAUGGCAAACUGGGCUCUUUCAAAUUUAUCUAUGUGGAUGUGCUGCCUGAGGAGGCCACAGGGCCUGCCCGUCCCAGCCGCCGACAGAGCAAGGGCAAGAGGCCCAAGCCCAAGACUCUGCAUGAGCUGCUGGAGCGCAUCGGCCUGGAGGAGCACACGUCCACCCUGCUGCUCAAUGGCUACCAGACGCUGGAGGAUUUCAAAGAGCUGAGAGAAACACACCUCAAUGAGCUGAACAUCAUGGACCCACAGCACCGGGCCAAGCUGCUCACGGCCGCCGAGCUGCUGCUGGACUAUGACACCGGCAGUGAGGAGGCAGAAGAGGGUGCUGAAAGCAGCCAGGAGCCAGUGGCACACACAGUGUCAGAACCCAAGGUGGACAUCCCGCGUGACUCUGGCUGCUUCGAGGGCUCAGAGAGCGGACGCGAUGAGGCAGAGCUGGCAAGCACUGAGGAGCAGCUGCAUGGCCUCUCACUAGCUGGGGCACCUUGAGGUAGAGGUGGCCCAGGCUAAGGCUGGGUCCAAACUGCAAAGGCCACAGGGACAAGCCCAGCCUCCUGCAGUGGCCUGGGCCCAGGAGACUGGCACUGAGCCUGGCCGUUUCCCCAGGGACGCUUAGGGCCACAGAAGCUUGAAUAGGGCCCAACAAGCUCGGCUGGAAUGAAUGAGGAGCUGCCCUAGGGCACAUCCUACCUGCCCAGUCCCAUCCCUCCACCAGCGACUGAUGGCACAGCUUCUUCUGGCACCACCUGCUCCCUGGCCACCACCACAACAAGCAGGGCACAGAGGGACCCUGCCCAUGUCCUUUACCACCAAGGUCCCCAAACCCUCCUCAGCCCAUAUCACCUUCCCUUCUUGCACUGGUCCUAAAAAGGGGGCCAAAUCAGUGUUUUAGGUCAGUCUUAAAACCCUAGGGAAGCUGGGUCUUCAAAAGGAUCCCAACUGAUCCUGGGUAAAUCCAGAUUUCCCUAAAUAAGGUUUGAAGAAAGCCAUGUGUACCAGUCUGCUUUCCUUCUCCUAAACUUUACUUAGAGGUUCAGCCACUAAAUCCUAUGAGACUUCAACCAAGUCCCUCCCCCUUUCUGGACUUAGGACUGCUUGGGGUUAAAAUAGGUAAUUACUGAAGGCCUUGUCAACUCUGACAUUCCAUGACAUUAAAUGUCUGCUCGCCUAUUUGUUACAUGUGGCCUGGGCAUAGGUGCUAGAGAGGCCUCAGGCUUUCAAAUGAACUGGCUCCUCUUGCUCAUUCAUUUUCUCCCUUCUCACAUAACUCAGGACAAGCUGCAACUCCCCCCCCCCCACGGCCCCAGCUUACACCAAUGCCUGUUACUCAAUCUAUGCCCUCCUUUUCCAUUCCUGGCCUCCUCAAAUUAGACUUCUGGCAAGGCUGAUGGCAGGUGGUCAUACCUGUCUUCCAGGGACAGAAAUGUCCCCUUGGAAGCCAGAUGCAGGUCUGAGUCUAGCCCUGGCCACCUGUACAGGUAUUUACAAGCCAAAGAAAGCACUACGCUUGACACUGGGGAGUCCACUACCCUGACUUUGCUUUGCUAAAGUUUUGGUGUAUGCUGAACUCCAGAAGGAGAGUAUCUGUUGGUGGGGGCCUCCCUUGACCCCAGUACCAAGUCUGUGCCCUGAUUCCCCAAAGUAGCCCUUCCCUGGUGCCAAACUGGCCUGGGGACAAACAGUGCCCACUACAUGCAAGACUGCCUGCUUAGUGGACACAGUUCUUGACCUCCCACCAGGAACUUUGCUAUAAGUUAGCUUUGGGGAAGGGGUUGGGUGUAAAUAUGAGGGGUGGAGGGAGAUAAAUGGUAGCAAUAAACGUGGGUAGAAUUGAA